GGCGAUUAUUAUGGAAGUGUCGUUCGUCAGUAUCUUCCGUAGAUUAUAUUAAAAUAAGUGAAAAAUGAGUGAUUUUUUCAAGUCUGCAAUCGGUUACUUUAACGCCGGACCUUCGGCUGAACAAACUGACGAGUUCGUCGGUCAGAUCAUUGAUGUGAACGGCAUAAAAUUACGUGUGAAACGCUUGAUUGCCGAAGGUGGAUUCGCGUUUGUGUACGUGGUGCAAGAUGUGCAGAGCGGAAACGAAUACGCCCUCAAGAGACUUAUCGGCGCUGAUAAGGUCGCCUGCAACAACAUCAUUAAAGAGAUCAAUCUGCACAAGAAGCUGUCGGGCCACCCGCACAUCGUGCAAUUCGUGGGCGCAUCAUUCAUCGAUAGGACGAAAGAUGCACAGGGCAAGGCGGAGUAUUUGCUUCUGGGCGAGCUGUGCAAGGGCGGAUCGUUGGCAGACUGCCUGGGCACUGCGAUUGAACCUGCCGUCGUGUUGCGGGUGUUCUACCAGGCGACGAAAGCUGUUGGGCACCUGCAUGCACAGGUGCCACCUGUCACCCACAGGGACAUAAAGAUAGAAAACUUCCUUAUCGGAUCGGAUGGGUAUUUAAAACUCUGUGAUUUUGGCUCUGCAACAACAGACAUUUACGAACCAAAUAUUGAAUGGGGAGCUCAGCAAAGGAAUACCUUGGAGGAUGAAUUAGCUACAGUUACAACGCCCAUGUAUAGAGCCCCUGAACUCCUAGAUACAUGGGCGAAUUAUCCAAUUGGUCCAAAGGUCGACGUGUGGGCUUUAGGCUGCAUAUUGUAUUGUUUAUGUUAUCAGAAGCAUCCUUUUGAAGAUUCCGCCAAAUUGCGGAUAAUCAAUGGAAACUACACGAUACCAAGCGACUCGCGCUACAAUUGCUUCCAUGAAAUAAUCAAAGGCUGUUUCAAAGUGAAUCCCAGUGAACGGUUUGAUGUACAAGCCAUCUUAGAGAGACUUGCGGCAAUAUCGGAAACUCUAGGUUGGCCGCUCAAGAGCCAAAUAGAUUUAGUGGGGAAACCAAUUAAAACGCCGCCGGAUACGUCCCCUCAAUUCACACCGACACACACUUCUAGCGCUGUUCCGAAGGAGAAUCAACCGUCAGUCCCCGUUCGACCCGCUCCUCCACGGCCCCCAGCCCAUGCUGGAGGACCACCACCAGUGCCCCGGAAUCCUGAAAGUAGACCGCCGAAUGAAAAUAUGAUGAACAUGAAUCAACAACCGGUACCGCCGGCAGUAGCAUCAAGUGGACUUUUCUCGUCACUUCGCGGAGGUGCCGGCAGUUUCUUAAAGAAUCUUAAAGACACCUCGUCAAAGGUGAUGCAGACGAUGCAACAAACAAUCGCUAGAACCGACAUUGAUAUAAGUUACAUUACAUCACGCGUUCUAGUGAUGCCUUGUCCGUCUGAAGGUUUAGAAUCAGCUUAUAAGAUCAAUAACAUAGAAGAUGUGAAAUUGUCUAUUGAAAGUCGUUAUGUACCAUCUAAGGUCAGCAUUUAUAACUUGGGGCCGCGGAAUUGUCCCCGUCUACCACCUCCUAUUCGAACUGUGGAAGCAAGCACGAUUUACCAUUGCUCGGCCGCGAAAGCUCCGCAUUUGUAUGGAAUGUACUCAAUAAUUGAGGACAUGUAUGGAUUUCUAUAUGCUGAUCCGAAGAAUAUUAUUAUUAUUCAAAGUCCCGAUAACGGAGGAUCAUUUGCUGCAACUAUUGUCUGCACCUUGCUAAUGUACGCGGGAUUAAUAGUUGAGCCCGAAGAUGGACUUCAAAUCUUUGCGGUAAAAAGAAAUGUUCCAAACGCCAGGGCAUCGGAGUUGAGAUAUUUAUAUUAUUUCGGGGACAUCCUGCGACCCACUCCACAUCUUCCACAUAACAAAACAAUGACGAUAGUAUCAAUUUCGUGUCAACCUAUUCCGCGAAUGACUAAAGCUCGGGACGGAUGCCGAUUCUUCAUGGAAGUUUAUUGCAAUGAAAAAUUGAUGCUCAACACAAUACAAGAAUAUGAUAGGAUGAAAUUAUACUCGGCCAGUCAAGGAAAAAUAAUGCUUCCAGUGAAUGUAACUUUGUCUGGUGAUGUAAUUUUCGUUCUAUAUCAUGCACGAAACUCACUUAAAGGGAUGGGUCGACCACAUGGAAUCAAAAUUUGUCAAUUCCAAUUCCAUACUGGUUUUAUUCCCGAACAAGAAACCCUUAUUAACUUUACCCGUAAUGAUUUAGAUGAUCUGCUCGAUGCUGAACACAUUCCUGGUAACUUUUCGGUGUCGCUUUCUAUUGUUAUGAAUGAACAAGAAUGUCCACCAAAGAAAAAUCCACCAUGGAUGAAUAAGAAACCGAAGAAGGAUGCAAGCAUUCUUUUCAGUUCUCAGCUCGAGCAUUUAGAAAUGACUGAUAACUUCGUGACAAAACCAACUGCAUCGGUGCAUGAGAAACCCGCCAGGCCACCGGUUCCUCCUCAUCCUGCUCCGCCCGCAAGACCACCUGAGCCGGUGCCUGUCAUGGCAGAACGCAGUGUUGCUCCAGAUAUUACAGCUGAAAUCCCCAAUCAUGACACCCCAAAUAUAGACUUGUUAAAUCUUAGUCAAUCGCCCGCACCCGCGGCAGGAGAUUCAGCCCCGAGGAAAACUCGGGCACCUAGUUUCGAUCUAUUGGGUUCGUUUGAAAGCAAUGAACCAGUUUCUGCUCCAAUUCCAGAUAUAUUAGGGGGUGGAGUUAGCAAUGCCCAGCCUGGACUCGACGAUAUAUUUGGCUCAAUCAAAACUCCCCAGGCUAAUGCUGGUGGUGACUUCAAUAACAUAGGAAUCAAUUUUAAUGCGUUCGUAAGUUCGGACGAACCGAAGGCAGAUGGUGGAAUAGGUUUCAACGCGAAUCCAAUGAAUGACCCGAUUUUCAAUCUAAACUCGAACCCGUACAUUCCAGACAUAGAAAAUAAAUCUCAAACGGCAAGUCAUGAUAACUCGCCGCAACAGCCAAAAGAUCCAUUCGCCGAUAUUGCAAAUCUUGCCAGUGAACUAAACAUCAAUUUUAAUCCAAACAAAUUAACAAGCAAAACCCCACAACCAAGCCCGCAUACAACACAAUUUUCUAGUCCAACUCAUAACUUUAGCAGUGCACCAUCAUCUGUAUCAUCACCGGCUCACAACUCGCGUUCGCCGAAUGGCCCGCAAGUGCAGACUACAGCAUCAAUCCCCACGUCCACACAGCCACCAUCACGUCCCGAUUAUAGUCGAUCUCACUUUGAAACACAAAAUGCAACACAAUCUAAUAAGCAACAACCAAAAACUGAGAAGAGUGGAGACAUUUUUGCUGAUAUUUUAGGAGAACAAGGAUACAAAUUUGGUAGUAAAACGAAUCAAGGCCCACGAUCAAUUAAUGAAAUGAGAAAAGAGGAUUUGGUGAAGGAAAUGGACCCGGAUAAGUUGAAAAUAAUGGAAUGGACUGAAGGAAAGAAGAAUAACAUACGCGCGUUACUGUGUUCGAUGCAUACCGUUUUGUGGCCCGAUGCUAAGUGGACGAAAUGCGAGAUGCAUCAGCUUGUAAGUGCCGCAGAUGUGAAAAAGGCUUACCGGAAGGCUUGUCUGGCAGUCCAUCCUGAUAAGCAAGUUGGUACUGAUAACGAAGCCAUAGCAAAACUCGUCUUCAUGGAGCUCAACAAUGCAUGGAGUGAUUUCGAGAAUGAUGCAACACAACAAAAUAUAUUUUCAUCCUAAAAGUGCAUAUACACACAUUCAUAUACAUUCUUGACACAGAAAUUUGUUUCUUCGAUGUAGUAACAAAUACACACAGACAAGACGAACUAAAGUGAAAUUUCGUUCUAACAAUUUGUUUAUAAUACUAAACAAAACCACUUAAGAAUUAUAUGUAAUCCUGAGCAAAAGGCUUCAAUUUCGCCGCAACAGUUAUCGAUGAAAGAAUUUACUCAUAAAUAUAGGGCAAGUGACUUAUUUUAAAAAAAAAAAUUUAGUUUGUUAUCAUCAAACCAAGCAAUUCCUAUUAAUCAUAAACAGCGCUGUAAAUAUUUAUGUUUAGAGUAUCUUUCUUAAUUUAUGGAUUCAGCAGAGAGAAGCAUGUUUUCAUUUUGUACACCGCAUAUGAAAGGAUAGAUACAAACGUGAAGUUCACAAAGCAGAAAUGAAAUUAUGUCAUCAAGAAAUGGCGUCAUUGUUAGUAAACUAUUGCAAUUCAACGUUUUCCCCCUCUUCAAAGUGUUAUUCAUUUUAUUCAAUGGAUCCAUAAGUCGUUGAAUAGAAAAAUUUGAUAAUUUAAGACAUAGGCAACAUACAAUAAUAGUUAGUACCUAAAAUAUUUCCAAUUCAUGAAUUAUUAUAGAUUUAAACGAAAAUAUAGGUGGAUAUCGAAUUAAACGCAUACAAAUGAGUAUCUAAAAUGAAAUAAUUAUUCUACCGAAUGAAUUAUAUUCUUGUUGUUCAAUUCAAAUUCAGUAUUUAUUCAAAAUCGAAAUGGAAAAGAUAAUGCAAAUAUGAAAUUAUUAUUAAUGUCAAUCAAUUUUCAAAAUAUAUAAACUAUUAUUGAAAGAAGCUGAAAUUCUGAGAUUCAUAUAUAAAAUAUAUUUAUUUUUAAAUCGUACACGAAUGUAGUAGAUAAACACGAAGCGAGAAGAAGCCAAUGGAAAUAUUUGAAUGGAUUCUAUGAAAACAGUUAGUAUUUAUUUUGUGAGAAUAUGAUGUGAUUCCCUAUGAAUAUAUAUAUUUUGUUAUAUAUAUAUUUUUAUGAUUUCCGUUCAUUUAGUGAAAAUACCACAAUUAUGCAGAAGAAAUACAAUUAUAUUUACAAA